AUGUCUUCUCUCAUUUCAACAUUUCAAGUUUGCCCUUCUAGGUCUUCUCUCUCAUUUUUUCAACCCAGACGGCGCUUCUCUCAGUCCAAACCCACCCACCCACCCACCGGCCACCCUCACCCUCACCCACCGGCGCCACCCUAUUCUCGCUUCUUCUUCUCUUCUUCUUCAUCAUCUUCUUCUUCUUUCGUCUCCGCCCUAUUCUUUCUGGACUCUCCACUCUCUUCCUCGGAUUCGGUCUUCGGGAACAACACUCCGCCGCUCCAUUCUCCUUUUUUUUUUCUGCUCUGCCCCCUUUUUCCUCAUCGACUUCUUCUUUUUCGAUCCAACACUCCGCUGCUUCUAUCCUCUGCUUCUUUGACGAGGUACAGGGUGAGGAGCGAGUACGGAUUAGCCGAUCCUGAGCUGUACAGAGCCGCCGAUGAGGAUGAUCCCGAGGCGCUCUUAGAAGGCGUCGCCAUGGCUGGCCUCGUCGGAGUUUUGUGUCAGCUCGGUAACCUUGCUGAGUUAGAUUAUAUGGUGCGUGUUUCGUUUAUAUAUGGAUAGUUAAAAUGGCUAUUUUUCUCUUCGUUGCCGGGGAUGCUCCUUGGCCUUCUUCUUUUCCCAGCGGUGUUUAAAUUUGUACUACAAAUAUGGGAAUGGUUUUCAAGUAAACGAUAUUCUGAAUCAA